AUGGGUUUAGCGGUUUUGCGGUUUGGCAACAACUUCUUAGACAAAUACCAAUCAAAGCAUCCAUCCGAGUCCCCAAAGCCUUUGCUGAUCAUCGUCGUCAUCAUGAACAUGUCUCAAGCCCUUAAGAUUGUCAUCCCACCACCUGUUUUUUCCCUUCUGACUUUCAUUGGUACCAUAAUUUUUGUUUAUGUCUGCAUCAUAGCAUUCUCAAUCAUACUUUCCCUGCUCGUCAUUGCCCUCUUUUACGUCGUCUGCGAGUUUGUUUGGACACCGUUAUACGAGAGAAGAAAUCGGGAUCCCGAGGCAGGGGACGAAAGGUUGUCGUUUCAGCCAAACCGCGAAGAAUGGCACGACCAAGCUACAUUUUAUCAGGCAGCUGUCCUUCAUAAUCUUAGGGUUUUGGAAAUCUUGGACUCAAUUGUUGAGGUGUUGGAGGAAAGAAGGGACCAAAGGCACCAGCGGGAUAGGGAACAACUGUUGGAGAACAAAUUGCCACCUCCCAUAGCUUAUGGAAGCCAUGAAAUUGAAAUGAAUUGCAAGGAUUGUGUUAUUUGCAUGGAGGACUUUGAGACUGACCAAUUGUGCCAAGUUUUUCCCUCGUGCAACCAUACUUUUCAUUCCAAAUGCAUGAACACUUGGUUGAAGAAGAGCCUAACUUGCCCCAUUUGUCGUAACAGUGUACUAGAUUUGUGA